GACGCGUCAGCAAAAAAUUCCUUCGAAAGAUAUCGAGCGUUGCGUCGCCUGUCGCGCCAUUGGGCGCCGGGAGCUAAGAAAUUUGACGAAACGAGGGAAAAUUAUUUUGGCUUUUCUGGGAGUUUUCCAUUUUUCACGUGAAUUUCCAUUCACGCAGCCCCCGGAACUUCGGGAAUACCUGUCAGUCAUCUCAACCCUUGAGCGAGCGAUCCUGCGGCAGUUUGAUGAACCACGCAGACUCGAACUUUGUCACAACUUCCCCCAUCCCCUCCACUUAACGACUUUCUUUCCUCCUAACCUGCAGGCGACUCUUCCGGCAUCGAGUUCUUGUAAAAUGAAUUCAGUCCUCGUCGACAAGUGGCCGAGUGAAAUCGAAACCGAAGUGUCUCGAAAAUCGUGUACUUUAUUUCGACGAUUAAUUACCGAAGUUUUUCUGUCGUCCAAUUGACUGGAGAUUCCGUGAAAAAACCGACAAAAGUCAAGUGUUUUGUGAAUCUUCGAGCCCAAUUUAAGUUCGAACGAAAAAAUUCCGAUCGGAAAUCCCGCGAUAAUCGACCGCCAAAAAACACUGAUCGAACGGAGAUUGAGAUCGAACGGUUACGAAAGUUUGUGAAUAAACAUCGAUUUUGUUUCGAGUGCUAGGAGAAAAAGUGACGAGCACAUAAUUUGGCGUGUGACGUUGGGCCCCCGGAGAUACCGAAUCGAAGUUCAUCGAUUACGAAAACUCCUUUCGGUUGCACGAGGUUCGAGAGCAAAGAUAAAGCGAAGUGUCUCGUAUCGAUAAUAAAAAGCGGUCACACCGUUCGUCAGGGGGGAGUUUGCGGUAAAAAAGUGCGCGGGAGUGAGAGGAAAGCGCGGGGAAGAUAAACCGGGGUCCACGCGGGCGUUUCGUUCAAACUCUAACGCGACUCGGGCACAACAAGAGCGCGCUAUCAUGCGGCUGCUUCGCGGCUGCGACUAAAAUCACACCGAGGAGGAAGCGCGAUCGUUGAGAGGAGCGGACAAGUGUGCUUCGCGAGACCGGCAGAAGCGGCUGAGCGCGUCGUUGCCUAGGCGCUACUCGUCGGGAGCCUUUCGCCAAGUUUUCACACAAAUUUCAUCGAUAAACUCAAUUUUCUGGUCGAUUUUACUCUCGGCAUGAACUGUCAUUCGUGUGAUUUGUGAAUUCCUCGGUCAUCGAUGAAACUCGAGAUUUUUCGGGCCCCGAACUGUUCGAUCGAAGGCAGCGAGGAUUUUCACGUGCGCCGUUCGCCCCGUCAAUACAAAUUUACACAAAGAACUUUGACCGCGAGAACUAUGCUGAUAUCGUGACGAAAAAUUCACUUUUUUUUUCGUUUUUCGUUAUUGUGACUUUUCGACGCUUUUGUUGCCGGGAACCUUCGGAUCUGCGGCGAAUCCUUCGGGGAAAAUCGCCCGUGAUCGGCCAUAAAUCUACCGUUUUAUUUACCCGCUCGAACGCUUGUUCAUUGAGAAAAAGAUCUCCUUUCGAUCGAUCACCCAUCGAGAAACCAGUCUGAGAAAUGUCUAAACGGCAAUGGAUGGUUUUGCUCAUGCUGUUCCUGACCUAUCUUCUUCUCGGCGCAUCAAUCUUUUACCACAUCGAGAGCCAGAUCGAGAUUGAAAACGUCGCUAAAGCGAGACAGGAGCGCAUCGAGAUCAACGCUCUGCUCGACGGCUGCUACGACGGACCGGAAAAGCCCUCGAAACAGCACGAGAUCCUCCAGAGGUUGAGCGACUAUUGCGGCAAAUCGGUUUACAGUUACGCAGCGAACGAGAGCGACCCCUUAAAAUGGGACUUUUACAACAGUUUCUACUUCGCCUACACGGUCGUCAGCACAAUCGGUUACGGAAAUUUGGCGCCGACGACGAUGCUGAGCCGGAUCCUGAUGAUAUUUUACGGCGUGGUGGGUAUCCCGAUGAACGGAAUCCUGCUGGCUCAAUUGGGCGAGUUCUUCGGCCUGGUGUUCGUGCGGGCCCACAAGAAGUACAAGUCGUACAAGCAGCACAGCAGUCAGAACGAGUAUUCGAGUAAGCGAACGCCGUUGGAGAAGAGGAAAGCGGGGCUCGCGAUGCAAAUUUUGAUGUACCUGAUCCCCGGCUUCGUGAUGUUCAUUUUCUUCCCGGCCUUUGUGUUUUCCCACUUUGAGAAAUGGACCUACGAAGAGGCGGUUUACUACGCGUUCGUGACCUUGACGACCAUCGGAUUCGGCGAUUUCGUAGCAGGUCAGGACAACACGAAAGGAAGCGGAGUUCUCUUCAUACUUUACAAGAGUUUUCUCAUCGCCUGGAUCUCUUUUGGCCUCGGUUACAUAGUGAUGAUAAUGACAUUCAUUGCAACGGGUAUGCGUAGCAAAAAAAUCGUUAGACUCGAGCACAAGCUCGCCAUGAACUUGAAGCACACGCAGAGCAAAAUAUGGAACGAGUUCAACAAGGAGGUCGGUUACUUGAGACGAGUAUUUAACGAGCUUCAGCUCUCCAAGGUCAAGCCCAUUUAUGUCGACGAGUAUGAUUACGAGGCUCCUGCGCCGAAAUUUCAACGCAGCAACAGUUUCCCCGAUCUUCGUGAUCUCGCUUACGGAGGCUUGUCGAUUCCAACGCCUCCGCAUCCCAGACGACGAGCGAACAGUGAAGUCGUUCCUGUGGAGACUUCGGUCGCGAGAGUCGUAUCGGAGACGGAUCUCCAGCGAAUCGACAAAAACGCGACGUUCGCGACCCACGCGAUGGUCCAGCCAGCGGAGUUGCUGGCUCGCUUGGUCAACAUUCUCGGUUACAUACCGCCGCCUCCGGACGACGGGAAUGACGAGGGUGAGCAAAGUCCGGAAGGAGAUUCGGGGGGCGUGGGAGUGCAAGGAUUCAGCGAGAAGGAAAUCCUGUCGAGUGAGAAAGGCUGGAACAAUUCCAAGUGGAAACUGGGCGGUGACAGUUCGGGUUUGACGACGAGGACACCUCGGUCUCGAGCGGCGAGUGAAGUGCGUUUGGAUCCGAAGUUCGACCCGAGCAUCGGGCAAGAGAAGGUCGAAUGGACGUGGUCGGGUCCCUCGGCUUCGCGGAAAAUCCAGGAGAUAAUAAAAGCGAGAAGGAACGGAGCGAAGGUGGCGGCUUCCGGCGCCGUGGGGUCGGGCGGAAAGGAAUCCAAGUCGAAAUUCCCCAACUUGGCUUUGCCCCUUUCCGUUCCGAAAACACUUUUGCCACGUUGGAUAAAGCAGCUGUCAAACAAAAAAGAGAACAGCGAGGCAAGGUCGAGAAACUCCGUUUCCGGGCUCGAUCUCGAGGCCUGCGAUAACGAAACGUACUUGACUCAACCUCCUGGAAGUCUCAAUAUGGGUUCCGGCUCAGCAGGCUUCUCCACAGACUACGAUCCCUCCGGGUCCUCUUCCAGACCCUAUUUCACUCACACCGGCGCUGCCAAUCUCGCCAGCUCUCUCGAAGGCAGCAAUUUACUCGAAGAAACUUCCCUCGCCGACUUCCUCAGAGCUCUGACCGCUCUUCACACCAGAGUCGCUGGCGCGGUUCCCGAAGAAUACGUGAAAAAACCACAGCGGAAAAUGGGCACGGCUUCACUCACGCCUCCCAAAUUACCCAGCCUCCUUUCACUCUUCUCGCCGCUCCCUGGCUCCCCGGCCUUCGCCAGUCAGAGCAGUCCGAAUACCCUCGCCUCUUCGAACAAUCCCGAUGGCCGACGAUUCUCUCUUCGCCUCGCUGAAAACUCGGGCAACUCCACUCCCGCACACAACAGACGAUCCAGCUUCGCUCACCCUGCUGUCAAACCUCGGAGACGAUUCUCUCUCAGACCCGUCGUCACUCCUUUGGGCAGUUCCCCUCUCCAUGGGUCUCCAUAUCUUUCGGGAAUUAAUCCAAAGGAUCGUUCCGGGCCGCAAACUCCCCCGCCAGUUUACAAUUCCGAGGGUUUCUUGGUCGAGUGUCCAAAAGAUUUGCUCGUCGAGAAAGAGGGUGCGCCGGGUGUGUCCUCGCCGAUAACGUCGUCCAUAGGAGUGCGCAGAUUCUCGCUGCGUCCGGCAGAAACGACACCCCAAGGGCCUCAAGGACCAUCGGCCUUGACGAAAGGAUUGCCGCGUUGGAGAGCAGGAAUGUUGCAGCGUCAGAUAAAUCAGAUUCAUUUGCAGAGCCGAGUGAGAGCUUUCAGUUUGAGUGACGUCAACACCGAGGGUUCGAGGGGCGAGAAAAGUCCAACUCCGCCUCCGAUCAGUCCGUUGGUCGACGGGGUUCGAAUUCUCGGUGGCACCAAAGAUCAGUCCUCAAAGUCGAGUCAAAAGACUGUCACGAUAGUUUCGCCGAGAUCCGAAGAAAUGCUGGCUCCAAAGAGCGACGGAUCGAUGCUAAAUUCCUCGGAUUCCGAUUCGCCGAGCUCCGAAACGCAUUCCGAUGAGAAAAGAACCUCCAGAAGCGGUGCUCCGAUCCUCGGCGCGAUUUCAGCCAACAACGAUCCUUUCGCAUUUUUCGACGACGACGCGAGUCCCGCCGUGGCCACGAAUGCUUUCGUUUUCAAAUCGAAACCCGGUACUUCCGGUGCUCCCGACGAUUUGAAUUCUCGGACGAUCUACCAGGCUCUACAGAGCGUCAAAAGCAUUGAAACCGGACCGAGAAGUUCCGAUGAUUCGUGUGCAACAGACAAAACAAUUGGCUCUGGCGGAUUUGAAACUCCGAGCAAAAAACAAUCGAUAUCUUCCUGCUCGACUGCGACGACGGACACGAAGAGCACCAGCCGCAGAGCCUCCCCAAUUUCCAUCGGAGCCUGGACCGAAUCGAGACGAAACGACGACAGAAAAAAUUCAAACGUUUCGCAACCCGGCGGCUUCGAAUCCGUCGCCAGCUCCAGUCGCAAAAGCUCCACCAAUAAAAAUGCCAACGACAAGCCACGAGUCUCCAUCGAUUCGUACAAACCUCUCAUGGAAGUCAAAAUCGAAAAGCCCAGUGAAGAUCCUUUCGAACGGUACCGAGCCACCAUGAAAUUGGCAUCCGUCGAUAACGAGUCUCUGAUCGAAGUCAAAACUCAUUCCACCGAUUCUGAUGAGGGGAAAAACGAGUAUAGGAAGUCCAGAGACGACAGACACGAGUCAGACAUUUGAGGAUGCAUGAAAAUACGCGUUUCAAACGAUUUUCCAGUCUUCGGACUACCGGACAGCCGCGGGCAUUUUGUUUUUUCAUUUAUCAGCGCUUUUUAUUCGAAAUAUUGGAGCGAAGCUAUAAAAAUUUGAAAACAAUUAAUCAAAUCUAUUUCGGAGCUUGCGAGAACUGCGAGAGGCACACGAACAAUUGAGCAAAUUUUUAUAGCUUUUACAAAAGCUCCAAAGAAUGAAACUGCUGGCAAUGUUUACUCAAGAAGAAAAUUUCGUUGUUUUCGAAUUAUCGAAACUAAAUGUUCAUCGUUUUUGACGAUUUGUGAUAAAAGGAAAAUAGCAUUAAUGCGAUCAAUCGCGUGAGAGCCUGUGAUAUAGUAAAAAUGUACAAUUAGCAUGUAACUGCACGACAAUCAACAGUAUUUAAGGGGUGGACGACGAAAGGGUAAUAAAUUCAGUUUAGGAUUUGAAAUUUUCAUGUUUACUGGUUGUACAUGAAAAUUCAGCUCUCAAUUACUUCGUGAAAAUUCCAGUCUGAUAACGGUGAUGAAAUUUUAGUGAAGAUACAAAAAAUGAGUAAGAGAAUAAUCAAAGUAACUUAAGAUAUUAAACGAGUCAAAAUAAUCGGCAGAAAAAUAUUGAAUCGUUCAAUUGCGUCAAUGGUUGAAGGAUGUUUACAGAUUUUUUGAUUGUACACAUCGAAAAUUAAAUUUUCUGUAAAUACUCGUUGAGCCCAUUAAAAUAUUUGUAACUUGAUCGUUGAUAAGUAACGGCGGUCCAUCUUCGGAUAAUGUUUCGAAGAAAGAGAGCCGGCGAAUAUUUGUCAUUGUAAAUACACGUUUACUCAUAGUAUUUUUAUCUUAACGCCAGAAAAUAAAAUGCGUGAUCGCGACUAUGUCUCGCGUAUACUUUCAAGUGGAAUUCGUAAUUUUUUCAUAAAUUACAAAUUGUGUUAUUUAAUAUUUACAUGCUUAAGAGUUUUGUGUUGCAAUUUUCAAAAGUUUGGAAAACUGACUUGAUAGAUUGUAAAAUAGUGUAAUGAAAAAAUUCGAAAACGAUUUUUAUUCAGUUUCAUUAUGCGAUUGUUUCUUCGACCUCGAACUUUCAUUGAUUUUAUAUAAUAUAAAUCAUAAGUAUUUGUUUAUCUGAGCAUCAAAAUUAUUCGAAUGAUCAAUUUUUGUAGCAAGAUAAUUCUGACCAUUUGCACAGCCCGAGUUUCCACUGGGCACUCAAAAAAAUACAUUCCCCUGCACUCAAAGUCAAAUAAAUCGAUGGAAGACAACACUUUAGCUAGCAACGUUUUUUUUAUUGAAAAAAGUUGGUGCAAUAAAUAAAGAACUGUAUGACAGUAAA